ACCGCCGGAGAGCAGACAUCUAUCCCGGUAAUCCUAAACUGAAGUGAAGUGUUUUGUGAACGCAUGGACGAUAGAAUCACCCCAGGCCCGGGAGAGAGUUAGGAAUGAAUAACACCGAACCCAACACACAAUAAUGAAGCAGCAUAAAAUUCUUGUCUCCUGCUGGAUAUUGUGGAUCAUGCAUUAGUAAUAAACUGAAGCCCUGCUGAUUCGCCACAAGGAUGGAGCCAGCUCUCUUACAUCCCAACAUGCCUGCAGAUCUUCUCCCUGACAGAGAACUGAAAAACACUUCAUCCCCUCUCAUGGUACCUGAGGAUGGGUAUUUGCCACCGGUACCUCUGACAAACAUUAAAAGAAUGCAAAUUCUAGAAAAGAUGAGUGAGAAUUGUGAGUCUUUUUUGCCUCAUCAAGAUGGAUAUUUAAGAGUCCUUGACACUUAUGAGAAGGUCCUUGAAUUUAUCUUAGCAGAAGAAAAGGCUACAGGAAUGCAUUUCAUAGGUCACAGGAAGGAAGGGAUUUUUGACAGACUAGGGAAAGAUUUAAAGGCUUUUAUAGGAGAAGGACGGAAGCAUAUAAGAUACUAUGUCACUGGUGGAACAAAAGGAAGAGGUCAUGAUCCAAUCCCUGUGGAAUAUACUGGUGUCCCAUUUAUUGAAGCAGGAACAUAUGUUAUGGAGUGUCAUAUGGGCAAUGACAGUGGAUUGUGGAUCAAAAAGCGAUAUGCAAAAAGAAGGGAUAUGUUAGAAAAAGAAAAUAGUCAAUGUGUUGUGAAGAGACGAUCCAGGACACUAGAAUCAAAGAAGACAGGCUGUCCAGCUAAGGUUCACAUAAAAAGGAUUCUAAGACUGCCAGAAUUUAAGAUUAAGAAAAACACUGUAGCAACAAGAGAAAAGAAUCGCACAAAGAUCAUGAAAGCCCUGAAAAGUGAGUUGGUAAAUGUUCAUCUUGAACAGGAGUACUACGUUCUCAUGCCAGGUUUGGAGUGCCAUCAGUACCACGCUGCUAAUGUGGUUGCUGGGGUGAUGGUAAGCAAAACAAAAGAUGGAGAAUUACACUUGAACCAAAUUAGAAACUAUCUUGAAAACAGGACGUACUUAUCUUCAGUUGCCCGUAAUGAGAAGAAAAGCAUCAGAACUGCUGCUAAGAAUUUCAGUGUUGAAGGAUCGGUUAUGUACUAUAUUGGUGAAGAUGGCAGUGAAAAACGAGCUGUAUUGUACACACCUGUAGAGAAACAGAAAGCCUUUGAUGAAUUUCAUGUACUACACAAAUCUGGGGAGCACUUAGACUGUACACAAACACUGCUAAUGCUAAAACAGAAAUAUUACUGGAUGAGUAUGUCUGAGGAUGUUGUUACAAUGAUGCAGAGAUGUCAUGUGUGUGAACUUAAGAAGGCCAGUUCUACUGAUCAUAGACACAUUCCCAUAAAAAAAUACAAGAAAGCCAGCCACAGCAGAGAGUCAACCAGGGGAAAGCACAGAAAACAGGCAUUAACAAGAAGUGCUGUGCAAGAACAAUAUAGAAUGAGGGUCAAGGUUGAGAUACCCAGCACAGAGGAAGACAGUAAGAAUUGUUUUCAUCAUGACCUGCUUCCAGUGCAAAAGCAGCCUUUUUAUGAAUCAGAUGACAAGAAACACCUGAAUCUUAGAGCUAAGCAGCAUGGUUCUUUGCAAACUUUAUAUACAUUCCAAGAGGCUCUUCACUACAUUAGAGAAGAAGAGAAAGCCACUGGCAUGCAUUAUGUUGGUCAUCGAAAGGAAGGAGUCUUCGAUAAAGAUGGUCAUGACCUAAAGGCAUUUGUGAGAGAGGGAAGAAAACACAUCCGGUACUGCAUCACUUUAGGUACAAAGGGACGGGGAUAUGAUCCUGUCCCUGUAGAGUACACAGGUGUUCCCUUCAUUGAAGCUGGUACUUAUGUCAUGGAGUGCCACCUAGGAAUGGAUACUGGAAUUUGGAACAAAAGGAGAUAUGCCGCUCGAAGGGAUAGGAUAGAGGAAGAAGAAAUUGCUGUUAUAAAAAGAAGAAAUAGAAUGUAUGACACUAAGAAAAUGGGGUGUCCUGCUAAGGUACACAUUAAGAGAAUUCUGAGAUUGCCAGACUUUAAGAUAUGGCAUAACACAGCAGCUGAGAAAGAAAAAAAUCGCAAGAAGAUCAUAAGUGCUGUGAGAGGAGACAUAGAGGCAGUUAAUUUUGAGACAGAGUAUUAUGUUCUUAUGCCAGACCUUGAAUGCCACAAGUUCCAUACUGUUGAUGUUGUGGCAGGUGUGUUGGUUACAAAGGGAGAAGGAGGCUACCAACACCUCAGUCAUGUUCGACAUUACUUAGAGACUGGGACACAUGCUCGUACUGUGCCCCUCCAUCGAAAAAAAAGUAUAAGGAAAUCUGCAAAGGAGUUUACGAUGGAAGAUGGGUUAAUGUACUAUCGAGGAAAGACUGGUUAUGAAAGAAGAUUUGUUCCUGCUACGGAGGAAGAAAAGCUCAAGGCCUUUAAUGAAGCUCAUAUUCUAAAGUCAGGCCAACAUUUCAGAAAAGCAGACACUGUAAGACGCCUUUUGGAAAAUUGCUACUGGACUGACCUGAGUGAAUACGCCCAAGAAAAUGUUGACAAAUGCGAAGUUUGUAGUCUCCACAAGCUUAGGGCAGCCGAUGUGAAACCCAGCUCAUUAGCUCUUCAGCCAAAGAAAGUAGAUGACGGGCUUUCUGACGGUGAACAUUGUACUCAUGAGGUGGUGCCAGAGGACCGGUUGCGCUGCGGAGUCUGGGGAAGGUGAAAUCCACGAGAGCUUGUUCGAGGGAGAGACCACAGUCAGCACAAUAUAUGAGAUGAGUGAUGGAGGCAGUCUGGUUGUCACGGUUGAUGACGCGCUGGAUAUGGAAGAGGUUGGACAAGGAACGCACAGUAGACACAUCACUAUAAAUAUAUCCUGUGCUGAUUGAAAGCUCGGGGUAUCGUGAGAUAUUGCGCCUGACGGAGGUGGCUAUUCAAGUAAUUUCCCUGACCUGACUUUGGGCUUCGGACUGCAGCAGAUCCAGAGUAACAGUUGGAGGUCAGUGAAUUAAGUUGGACCUCUCGAAGUGGCUUAACUUUGGUGUAUUAAAUAUCAACUGAACUAAAUUUCUUUUUCGUACACGCUUCCAAGAUAAGGUGUACGAACCUCCACUUUAUUGAGCCUUAACGGACGUGUGUGAUAUUCUAGUUUGUGCAAUACUGCAUAGCAUUCAGCAGCCAGAAUUGAUUCACCGGACGAGAACUUGGAUUUUUUAUGGAAUAUUUGGCUGUGCGCUGCACAACUACAAAAUAACGUCUGAGUCUGUUUUUCUUCGUGGUUUUCUUUGUCAGCUCUGCGGCACUCGAGCUGAAAAGAUAUUAUUUGGCUUUGAUCUGGGAGGUUAGUGAUAUCCAGUCUGUUGUUAAUUAAGAGUGUAACGCAUUGUUCUGUGUUCUAUUUCGAGAUAACUCCUAGUGGCUGAGGGAAAUUCGUUGAAAUCCACCAAUUAUGCGUCACACAAAAAGUUUCAAAAGUGAAGCAGAUGUAAUGACAGAAGAGAAGUCAAUGUAGGGGAAUAUACAAAGAAACUUCCACUACUUGGGAAAGCUGCCCGUGGACGUUGCAAAAUACGAGCACGUAUCUGGUGGCCCUUCCCGCACCCCGACGGCGAUGCGAAGGCACCUUUUCUGACGAAUAGCUACAGCCAACGGACGCCAAGACAGCGAACGUUUGGCCGUCGUUACCUUACAGCGCGAAGAAUGAGGGAAAGGACAGGUUUACGCAAGUGAAAUCAAGGAAAAGGAAAAGAAAAAGGCAACCGGAUUCCUCCCCGAAUAUUCCCAGUGAAGGUCUUAAACAGGAGGCGUAAGACCUUACAUUGUGAAGAGCAGGAGGUUCAGCAAAAAUGACCUUGCGACGCAAGAGCCGUCGAAGCAAGACGCACCGGAAUUU